AGCCAGAGAAGCUCGAAGAUCAGCCAUGGCGGCCUCAAACGGAUUACCAAGACGGAGACAGAGAGGCUCAGAUGAUGGUGAUACCGAGAUUAUUAUGCAGGAGAGGGUGAGACUGAUGGAUCGACCGGAGAAGAAAGAACGAGAUUCGGAAUCGUUGAAUCGGAGCAAGAGGAGACGAAGCGAGAGGUUCGCGGUGAAGAACGGUAGAGAUGCAGAAGAAGACAGCUCAGGCGAGAGUCUGGGCGACGAAGGUAUUCCGAUAUCUCAGAACUCAGCGUCGUUCCGGCAAAAUUAUCUCAGGAAGAGCUUCCCACCGGCUCGUGUCCCCAGACAUGCGACGGCGAAGACCGGAAUGGAUCCGUCUCUGAAGAUCGCCGAUGAGAUGAUCGGUGUUCCUGUCCCCAGGAAGGCUCGAUCAGCUUGCAUAAAGAGGGCGCAUGACGGCCGAACUUCUUCGGGAAGCGGUGGUGGAGGAUUUGGGAGGCCUCCAUCCUCACCGGCUAGUUACAGCUUCGAAACUGCUUCUCCGUCCUCUUCCACUGUUUCGGUCAAGCAGAAGAUGAAUGCAAACGAACUCAAAUCCCGUGUCCCGAAGCCACUAAUAUCCUCCGGCACGUCCGAGGACGACUUGGAGUUUGAGAUAGCAGAGGUUCUAUCCGGGCUGAAGCAGUCACGGAGCUCCAGGAAGGACGAUGAUUCGCAGAAUUCUUUAAAAUUGUAUGAAGUAAAAGGUAUUAACAUCAAGAACGGUUCAAUCACAUAUACAGCGAGAACCGAAACUGGGCGCUCUGGUAACAUCGAAACAUCCAUGGAAGAACCGGAGAAAUCACCUCGGUUUAACCAGACUACUGGAAUCGAUGCUGCGGAAGCGUCGAGCGCCGCCUUGGAUACACAAACCAGCGCUCAGAAACUAGAACAAUCUUGUAGCCCAGUUGAUGUUAUGGAGAGAAAAAGGCUGGAUUUUCAGGAUUCGACGGCGACAAAAGGGGCAUCAGAGGGUCCACAAUCGAAAAACGGAAGGGAGGAGAGUAAUGCUAAUAAUAAGCUCCAGAUUGAUCUGAUGGUUCCUCCUCCGAUGCCCUCCUUGCCAGAGAGAGAUUCUCUUCCAUUGGUUUCCGGUCCCAACCCAAUUGCUCAAGAUUACAACAAGGUAGAGAGUUCUGAAAAGAGCAAAGAGAAGCCUACUGGCAAAAAGGAAACAAGCCCCGAUAUAAUAUUCGGAGAGAAGGAGGUCCAAAAUCGUGAAUGGUUGAAGCUUGAUCUUGAGAAACCGAGUCAAGAUAAUGUUAGAAAUUCUAGCCUUAGAUUACAGAAUGAGGACUGGAGCCAGCAACAACAGGCUAAAUCUGCACAGCCGAGUUCAGUUUUGCCUUUGACGAUUGCUGUAGGUGGUUGGCCUAAUGGGAGUGGGCUUCCUCCUUUAGGAUACGUGCCCCAACUCCACACUGUUAAACCUGUUGAUGGCAUUACCGGAUUUUCUCCCAAAAUCCCUGCUGCACCAUCUGUUGUCUCGCAGCCUAGGCCUAAAAGGUGUGCCACACACUUCUUCAUUGCUCGGAACAUUCAGUUGCAUCAGCAGUUUAUCAAAACAAACCAUGUCUGGGUGCCAAACCCUGGUUCUGUUCGUCUAAAGGGUGGCGGUCCCUAUGUUGCACCACCAACUGCUGCAGAAGGCUUAAACCACAGAAGUCCAUCCGUGCACGGAAGUUUUCCCAUUCUUGAUUUGAACUCCCUGGCACCAGACAAAGGGAUAAUAUUGGCCAAUGUUCCUACCCAGAAAGAUAAAGCCUAUGAGAGUGGCCAUUCUGCUGAAACUACACAGAAGAAGCCACAGCUUCCUGCUGCAUCUAGUAAUUUAAUGUCUGCUCCAGCUUUCGUCUUCCCCAUAAACCACCACCAUCAUCCUAUGAUGGGUGCUGCUAAUCAGACUGUGCCUUCUAAAUCUCCUGGCCCAACACGGAAUCCAUCUUUGGUUGGUGGUUCAACAUCCAUCAACUUUAGCUAUCCAAGUUCAUCAGCAAGUGAGGCCCCGCCAUACAUGACAAUUUUGCCAAACCAUGGAUAUUCUUUUCAAGUGUCAACCCCACCUGCUGUUAGGGGUGGAGUCCCUGGACAGGCGCCGCCUUUCUUCAGUGGAUCCUUGUAUUCGCCAUUGAUGUUCCAACCCCAGCUUCUGCAGAAACAGGGUCAAGCCGACAAAGAGACAAGUACAUCAAGUGGCUCAUCGCCUUUCCACAAGCAACAACACGCUCAAGUUGGUGGGAAUAGUCAUUUGAUCCUGGCGAGUGUGCAGAAACCGCAUCUGCAGUCAACUGCUUAUCAGUCUCGAAAGUCUGAGACAAAAACGAGCGUAGAUAAUUCUUCCUUUGUCUCUGAUAGUCAGAAAAGCUCAUACAGUCAGAAUAUGACAGUUCCUGUUCAGCCACUCAACUUUUCCAUGCCAUUUGCCUCUUUUGGUGGCAGUGGUGCACCUACAAGUCUGGAUUUUACGUCCAAAGGAAACCACAUAGUACAUGAACCUCAGGUUUCUCAACCAAAAAACCAACAACAGCCAAGUGAUGCAAAGUCCAGAGACUGUUCAAAUAAUCUUGAGGACCCAAAAAGGGUAGUUCUUGGGAAGGGUCUUCCAAGAACGAAUGGGCAGACACUGGUUUUUGACAAUUCAGCAAGAACCUUAAACUUCGCCUCUGGGACUUGGCUGUCUAGUGCAGUAACAGCAGCGAUAGUGAACUCAACUUCUACUCUGAAACAUCAUAUGCUGCCACAGCAGCAGCAAUCUGAUCGGAGUAAAUUGAUUGAUGCAAACAACUUACCAGCAACAUCACUGGCUACCAAGUUCCCCAACAGUGUCCCUGUUUUCCAGCAGACUUACUCCCUGACCAGCCCUGUCCCUGCCAAGUCAGCCCAAUGGAAAACCCCUGCAAUUUCAUCCCCACUCACAUCUUGUACUUCUUUGGAUCUCAAGCAGUUCCAGUUUCAGCAGCAGACAAGAGCACAAGGACAGACUCAGAUCUCUUUUGCGACAGCACCAAAGCCCGUGUUGGUACAAUCGUCUAAGGGGCACCAGGAGAAACUCAGUAGCUGUCAUCCUCAGUAUCAGGCAUCUCCGGCUCUGGCUGCAGGAUCUGUUCCACAUGGCAAAACAAGCCCUGAGGUCAGCAAUAGAAAUGGGCCACCAUCCACCAUUUCUGCUACUGCUGCUCAAGUGCUGCAGCAGCAACAGAUCGAGAAUACAGCUUCUGGGUCGAACCAGAAAUCAUCCGCAGUAUGCGGAAGGAAUAUGUCAUCCAUCAUAAGCUCUUGCGCAGGUCAUCUGUCUGGGCUCAAGUACUAACUUGAUAAAUUGGCGUAUAGAGUCACCGUUUUUGCAGUGUCUUCGGAUUAAAGCAAAUCAUGUGUGGUUGGUAAUUCAAACAUUUUGGAACGGAGAAGAAAGCUUCGUUGGUGGCUUGGCUUGUGUAAGGAGGACUGCCUAGAAAAUUUCUUAAGAAAAGACAAAAUCUUUGGAGGAAGGAAGGGCUGUCGAUGGGAGAUCUACUCGGCAUUUCUCACAACCAAAGCAAUGAGGAGAAUGGUUAAAAAAACUCAAGCAAGUUUGGAGCUUUUGUAGACGCUGAUCAGAAGUACGUUGCUUUAGGUUCUCUCUGUCUUUGUUUAAUUGGGUCGAUUCUUUUUUCUAUUAUUGUAAUUGUAAUUGGUCUAAUGUACAUAUUAGACUCGUUACCCAUAUACCCUAUUUAGUUUAA